GUGACAAGUCGUUCUCCUACCAUCACCCAUCGCAGCUUGAGCCGGGCCGAGCCGAGCAGCGCAGCAGGAGGAGAGCAUCCCCGACCCCGUCCCCCGCCAUUACUCCUCGCCGUCCCUCUUCCCCGGCAAUAAAUGCAGCCGCUCGAGCCGCGCACCCACCCCCGCCAGAUCUAAGCUCCGCGACAACGCGAGAAAGGGGAAAAAAAUAGCACCACGCCACCACGCACAUUUACUCCCCUCCGCCCCACCACUCGGGUGCGCCUCGGUUCGAUCGAGUUCGAUCCACCAGACCACCACCACCGUGCGCGAGCACCGCCAAUGCCAUUCCGCGGCUCCCUCGCCACUAGGGACUCGCUACUUCCGCCGCCGCCGCCGCGGGCAGAACCGCGAUGUCGUCGCCCUCCCUCCUCUCCUCGCUCUCCAACCUCGGCCUCGGUUAUUCCAUCGCUAUCGCGCUCGGCUUCCUCGUCCUGCUCGCCUCCCUCCUCCUCGCGUCCUACUUCUGCUGCCGCCGCGGUGGCGGGGACCAUUGGGCCGGGUGGUACCCCUCGGGGGCCAUCACUUCGGCCUCCAGCUCGGGCCACCUCUCCAUCACCGUCCCGCGGGUGCUCUUCGUCGCGGAGGGGUCAGAGUCCCCCGACGCAGCCUACUCCUCGUCAGCCGCCGUGGCAUCGUCCCCCGUGGGGCUCGACCCAGCCGCCAUCGCGUCCUACCCCAAGGUCCCGUUCUCCAGCAGGGCCGCGGGCACCGAGGCUGACGCCAUGUGCUCCAUCUGCCUCAGCGAGUAUAGGGAUGGCGAGAUGCUGCGCGUGAUGCCCGAGUGCAGGCACAGGUUCCACGUCGCGUGCCUCGACGCCUGGCUGCGCCGGAGCGCGUCGUGCCCGGUCUGCAGGUCCUCGCCCAUCCCGACGCCCACCGCUACGCCGCUCGCGACGCCGCUUUCGGAGCUCGUCCCGCUCUCGCAGUACGCCGCCGACCGGAGGCGCAGAAGGUGAUGGAUGUGAGUUGCCACAUUGGUGCAACACUGUGCUCUUCACUAUUACCCUCCUUUGUAGCAAAUCUUUUUACGUUUAAGGGUGUAAAGUUAGUGGCUUGCUUGAUUGGUCAUGAGGGCUUUGGGGGAUGUUUCAGUUUCACUCUGAGGGUGUGUUUAGGACAUCUAAGGAAUUGUUUGGUUUGGCAAUCAAAAUCGCCUUGAGUAAAUUUUGUAAUGUAGAGGUAGAUGAUGGAGUAAAGGAUAGUGUAAAUACAUCGUUGCUGGUUUCAAUAUGCACAGUACCUUCUUAUGAUACGGCAAAUACUUUAUGUGCUACGGAA